AUGGGUCUCUUCAACCACGACAACGGCGAGCAGCAGCUCUCGAACAACAUGCAGCAGCUCAACGUCAACGAGCAGCAGUCGCGCGACCAGCAGGGCGAGGGCUGGUCCAACGGCAAGAAGGCCGCCGUCGCUGGCGGUGCCCUCGCCGGUAUCGCCGCCCUCGGUGUCGGCGCCUACGAGCUCAAGAAGCACCACGACGAGAAGGAGCAGCAGCAGGGCCAGGAGAACCAGCCCCCUUCGUACAACAACAACAACAACCAGCAGACCUUCAACUCUGACGAGAAGAAGGAGGACGGCGAGGGCUGGUCCAAGGGCAAGAUCGCCGGUGUUGCCGCCGCCGGUGUUGCUGGUGUCGCCGCCAUCGGUGUCGGCGCCUACGAGCUCAAGAAGCACCACGACGAGAAGGAGGCCCAGGAGCAGUCGGGCAACUACAACCAGAACAACAACAACAACAACUCGCAGGAGAGCGAGGGCUGGUCCAAGGGCAAGAUUGCCGGCGUCGCCGCCGGUGUCGCUGCCACUGGUGCCGCCAUUGCCGGUGGUGCCGCCUACGUCCACCACGAGAAGGAGGAGAAGAAGGAGGAGGAGGAGAAGGCCCAGCAGCAGCAGCAGGAGCAGCAGAACCAGCAGAACCAGCAGCAGCAGAACCAGUUCAACUCGAACAACGACUCGAACAACAACAACCAGUCGCGUGACCAGUCGUCCAACUCGAACAAGUCGUCCGAGGAGAAGCAGCGCGACCUCGACGAGGCCCAGCGCAAGCUCGACGAGGAGCAGUCGCAGCUGGACAACGACUGGAAGACCAAGACCUCGGACGACGAGCAGCGCCAGCUCGAUGAGCGCCAGAAGGAGAAGGACGCCCGCCAGCGCAAGCAGGACGAGGCCCAGAAGGCCCUCGACCGCGAGUCCUAA